AUGGCCUUCAAGCACGGGCUGAGUGAACGCCUCGACGAGCUGCGAUUCCCCUCCCCACGAUCCCCGCCCUCGGAGUCUGCGUUCCCUGGGUACACUUCUCUUUCCCCGGGUCAUUCGAACUUUGGAUCGGGAUUCUCGUCUCGUCCGGCUGGUGAUGUUCGAGCGAACCUGCAACGUCGGUUUACGACCGAUUCGAGCAAGUUCUCGUCAUGGAAUUAUUUGAAUCCAACCUCGGGAUCUGGCUCGAACUCUGGCUCUGGUUCUGGCCAGAUGCAGGAUCCGGUGGAUUUAUUGUCUUCGUUUGAGAAAAAGAGACAGCACAUCGAGUACAUGCGUGAACAGAAGCGCCGCUUUGAAGAAGAUAUGAAAAUCCUGGAUCUUCAGCACGCUCGCGAGAAACUGGAGAUGGACCAGCUCGCUCGGGACUUGGCUCAGGCUGGCAUCUCUGGCCCAGUCAGUGAGCCAACCACCCCGCCUGAGUACCGUGAUACUACUGUGUCGAGUGCCUUUGGCCGGCCUGCUCGUUUCUCUACCUCAAGUGUGACGUCUUCGCCCGGAUUCUUCAAUGCUUUUGCUCCUUCGACCUUGACUUCGCCUCAGGCUGCUUCCCAGCCUGCCCAGCCGUCAAUUGACCGAUUUGCCGGACACUCUGUCCCUGGUUCACGCCGAAACUCCGAGAAGGACGACUUCCUUGCCGAUCCUACUUCUCCCUUCCGGUCGGGCCCAUCUGUUGUUCAUCGAUACUCGCUGCCCUCUGGCAACCCGAAUGGCCAGUCUCAUCGGUCUAGCAUCUCGGGUUUGAACGGAUCCCGCCUUGAUAACUUCAACGUCCCCAAGUAUCUUUUCCCCAGUGACGAAGACAAGCCUCAUAGCCAUCUGAGGGAGCUGGAACGCCUGUCGACUCCUGACAUCAAGAGUUACAUCAAGUUGACCGAGCCUGAUGACAAGUUCCCAACCCUGUCCCGUCGUGGUGACUCGAACAUGUUGUCGGCGAACCCUGAUGCCCAUGAUCUUGCCAACCCUCGUGCCCCAGGGGCCGAGAAUUAUUCCAACCACAGUCGGCACCGGUCGUCUCACCAGAGCAUGCCGCAGAACAUUCACAACGUUGGGCGCUUGGAACAGCUCGGAAGCCAGAAUAACGAGGAUCACGGCAACCCUGUCCAUACCUCACGCCACGGUGCUCGUCGUUCCAUGGGAAGCCAGAUUACAUUCCAUGAUGACCGCCAUGAUGAGACAGCAACACCUGUUGCCUCGAGCCGGCCCAAUGCUUUGCAGUCAUCAUACUCAACAAGUGAUCUGCCUACUAUUAAGGGAAAUGGAGCCGGCAACGCUAUUACUCCUCCCAAGACUCAAAAUGAGCACAUGCAUCACCACAAUACAAGCAUGGGACGCAUUCCCCAGAGUGGUGUGAAUAACCAGGUUAAGGCCGAGUUUGAUGAGAACGAGUUUUAUGGUAAUCAAUCGACUUUGCACGCGAGUGCUCCACCCUUCGGGCCUCAGCUCACUUCGGCUGCCUCUACCAACCACGUUCCUAGUUCAGUUGUUCAAAUGGGUUUGCCAUUCCAAGUCCCUGCAGUUCCUGCCUUCAAUUAUGGAAUCCAGCCCCCCUAUGUCGGCCAAGCAACCCCGAUCAACGGUCAUAUGCAAAACUUCGGAGGGGCUUCUGCCUACACCAAUGCCUAUCCUGGCUAUGGUGGUCCUGGCUUCCGCUUUAAUGAACCUGCAGCCCGAGGCAGCAUGGCUCAGCGUCGCCAGGAAAAUGAUGCGACCCAGCUCACUCGUUUCGGCAACUACCCUUUGGAGCAUUACAAGGGUGAGUUGUACAGCCUGUGCAAGGAUCAGCAUGGUUGUCGAUACUUGCAGCGCAAGUUGGAGGAGCGUAACCCGGAGCACGUGCAGCUGAUUUUCAGUGAGACUUACAUGCAUGUUAUUGAGCUCAUGACUGAUCCAUUUGGCAAUUAUCUUUGCCAGAAGUUGCUAGAAUACUCCAACGACGAACAACGCACUGCUUUGAUUGAUAAUGCUGCGCCAGAGUUGGUCAAGAUUGCCCUGAAUCAGCAUGGAACUCGUGCACUGCAGAAGAUGAUUGAAUUCAUCUCGACUUCCCAGCAGACUCAGACAGUCAUCAAUGCGUUGCAGUAUCAUGUCGUUGAUCUGGUACAGGAUCUGAAUGGCAACCAUGUUAUUCAGAAAUGCCUCAACCGCCUCACUCCCGAGGAUGCCGAGUUCAUUUACGAAGCUGUCGGAGGCAAUUGUGUGGUUGUUGGUACUCAUCGACAUGGAUGUUGUGUCCUUCAGCGUUGCAUUGAUCAUGCUUCGGGUCAUCAGAAGGCUCGUCUGAUUUCACAGAUUACCUCGCACUCAUUCGCUUUGGUCCAGGAUCCCUUCGGAAAUUAUGUUGUGCAAUACAUUCUGGACCUUGCGGAGCCUAGCUUCACCAACCCGUUGUGUGCUACCUUUGGAGGCAAUAUUCCUCAGCUGUCCAAGCAAAAGUUCAGCUCCAAUGUGAUCGAGAAGUGCCUCCGGACUGCUGACAACUACAUGAAGCGUGAGAUGAUUGAUGAAUUCCUUAUGGGCAAUGAGCUUGAAAAGAUGCUGCGUGAUUCAUUUGCGAACUACGUUGUUCAGACUGCCAUGGACUUCUGUGACCUCGACACUCGCAACCGCAUUGUGGAGGCUGUUCGUCCUAUUCUUCCGUCAAUCCGCCAAACUCCUCACGGUCGUCGUAUUGCUGGCAAGAUCAUGGCUGCGGAUACCAACAGCCGCAGCAACGGUAGCAGCGCUACUACCAGCGGCCAGGUCACCCCCAAUGAAAUGAGCAGCACUGCACAGAUUCCGAAGAACUUGCUGCAGAAGCCAUUCAUUUACCAUCAGCCUGGUACUCAGAGUACUCAGAGUACCCAGAGUACUCAGUCUUCGAGCUCAUCUGGCGGAUACAGCAGCCAGACCUAUGUACCUCAAUCCUCUCAGAGCUCUGUCUCCAACACUCCUUCCGGCCAAAGUGACACCUCGUCUGUUUACACUGCGCCCACCCCUCAGCUGUCCGCGAAGCUUGGACCGCAGCAAAUCCAGAACUACUUCUGA